CGCGAGAUCGGGGCUCUCCGCCGGUCUGGGUUUGCGGGAAGAUGGAGUGUGCCGCGGUAGGUGCCGCGGUGGACGCCAUGGAGGCAGCGGACCACGGCGGAGGGGCCCUGCCGUGCUUCAGCUCGGAGGAGCCGGAGAGCCGGGAACCGGACGGACUGCGCUUCGACCGCGAGGGGGCGCGCCGCCUGUGGGAAGCGGUGUCCGGGGCCCAGCCAAUGGGGAGGGAAGAAGUGGAACACAUGAUCCAGAAGAACCAGUGUCUCUUCACCAACACCCAGUGUAAGGUGUGCUGCGCCAUGCUCAUCUCCGAGUCCCAGAAGCUGGCACACUACCAGAGCAAAAAACAUGCCAACAAAGUGAAGAGGUACUUAUCAAUCCGUGGAAUGGAGACAUUAAAAGGGGAAAUGAAGAAGCUAGACUCAGAUCAGAAGAGCAGCAGAAGCAAAGAGAAGAACCAGUGCUGCCCCAUCUGUAACAUGACCUUUUCCUCCCCUGCCGUGGCCCAGUCGCACUACCUGGGGAAGACCCAUGCAAAGAGCUUAAAGCUGAAGCAGCAAUCCACUAAGGUGGAAGCUCUGUCGAAACGCCUUACAACCCCUUUCCUUGUGGCCUCCACCUUAGCCUUGCACCAGAAUAGAGAGGCGAUAGACCCAGACAAGUUCUGCAGCCUCUGCCAUGCGACCUUCAACGACCCUGCCAUGGCCCAUCAGCAUUACGUGGGCAAGAAGCACAGGAAACAGGAGACCAAGCUCAAGCUCAUGGCUCACUAUGGGCGGCUGGCAGACCCUGCUGUCACAGACUCGGCCGGGAAGGGCUACCCCUGCAAGACGUGUAAAAUAGUGCUGAACUCCAUAGAGCAGUACCAGGCUCACGUCAGCGGCUUCAAGCACAAGAACCAGUCACCCAAUGCAGUGGCGUCACCCCUGGGCCAGACCCCGGUGCUGCGGCAGCCUGUUCAGAGAGCGCCUAGAGGUGUUUCUGCACCCCAGUGUCCCGUGACUUGCUCUCACCCUGAUGAACACAUGGGCCAGGGAUGCCCUUGAGGGGUCAGGGGACCCACUCCUGCCCCUCCCCAUGUGGAUGGAACCUGUGGGUCAGGAUGGGGGAGCAGGGGUCUUGAGAGGACUCAGGGCCUCCCCACGGUUGUCCUUCCCUGAGGGCUGUGUCAUGAGGCCCGGGCCCACCCUCCUCUGCAAGUCGCUUUGGACCAGUCCCUGCAGCUCCAGAACUGAGCUCUCCCUAGGCUCUCGGCACCUCCAGUGGGACCUGGAAUGAUCCUGCCAGACUGUAGGCUGGGCAGGAAAGGACUUGGGGAAGGCUGUCUUGGGGAAGCCCUAGCUAGUGGGUCCCGCCCUGUGCUCAGCCAGUGUACAGGGCUCUGCCCCGUGAGGCCUCCAGUGGGAGCAAGUCUGGCAGCCCUUCCCAGCCUCCCACAGGUCCCGAAUGGUGCUAAGGAGGCCUCAAUGUGGUCAUGGGGAGCACAGCAGGGUCGGGGGGAGGGGAUGCAUAGGGAGGUCCUGUGCCCUCAGAGGCCCAAUGCUCUAGCCUCUUCCUCCCCAGCACCGAGUAUGGCCCAAGGGUUGCCUGGUGCUACUCCUCCCCUCCCACCGGGAGGCUCCAGGCCCAGGGAGAGAGAAAGGAGAGGCCUUCUCCAGCCCUCAGUGGGAGUGACGUCUCUUCCUUGUAGCUUUUAAGCAGAAAUCCUAGGAAAUGUCACCAGCAGAGGUUUCUCUGCAUUGAGUCAGAGAAGCAGCUCUCCUGGCCUCCUCCCCACCACACCCCACACUCCCCACACUCCUGUCCCUUUGUCCCUUUGCCUGUGAAAUGCCUUUACUUGUGUGUGUGGGUGUGUGCCAUGUGCUCUGUCUCUCGGUCACUGAAGCAUCUAAAUAAAGAAUUUCUGCCAGGA